AUGGGGCGCGCCAUCGCCGCAGUUGCUUGGAGUUGGCUCCCGUCUGCUUCCUUGGCGGAUUGGGUUACCAUCAGCGGAUUGCCUGGAGAUGUACAUCACAUGGGCUUGGAGAGCACGGAGGAAGAGGAGUGGGUCCCUGUAACUGCACGCACUCUAUGGCCGCCUGGCGGUUACAAUCCGGAAAGCAUCGGCAAUAUGAAAAAUGCCGAGAUCGUCCCUCCUAACUUCGCCGCAAGAAACUUUGCCAUGGUCGCCCCGGUAAGCGCUGGCAGUCCGCCACAGCCUGCCUCGUUGCUCCUCGACACGGAGGGCAGUGACAUUUGGCUCCCCUCCAUCCGGUGCAGGGAAUGCGCGGCCGACCAGAAGGAACAGGAGAGCUUCUACCACGCUACCGACAGCAGCACCUUCCACCCACACCUGGUGCCUACGCCGUUCGGUUUGGCACCGCGUGCAGUGGGUGUCAACGAAGGUGGUGGCCAUGUUGGUGGGUAUGUCAUCAAUGACACGAUCACGAUUGGCAACCUAGAGGUCCCGAAGCAGCCCUUCAUCCUCGCAGAGGAGGGCGACCUCGUCGCACGCCGCGAGCGAGCGUGGGACGGUGUUUUCGGCUUUGGGAGAAAGCCACCACUGACAGGAGGUCCUAGUUUGCACGCAAAUCUGCAGUCCUAUGGACACCCGGCGACGUACAUUUUGGGUCCGGAGACAGCUCGCUACCUCUCGAACAAGGCAGCCCGCCUUGCCAUUGGCGUCCGGCAGUCCCGACUGCAGGACGUCGGGCCAUUCGCAUGGACGGAGGCAGUCAGCGUCCGUUUUGGAGGCGGACAAGGCUCCUGGGCAUUCGAGGCCGAAGCGGAGGUGAAGGAUCUUCCGCCAAAGUUGAUCACAGCGAUUAUCGAGACCGGUACCUCCUUCAUGCUGGUUCCGCCUGCGGAAUACCUGACCAUAGCACGCACCUUGGUGCCCAAGUUCGAUGACUUUUGUGGAGUCGACCGUGAGGCGGGAAACACCGUCGUCUGCGACUGCGAAGUGAAGAAAGAUCUCACCGGCCAGGUGACACUGAAGAUCCAUGGGGACGACGGACAGCUCUAUCGCUUGAAUAUCGAGAUGGACCACCUCCUUCAAGAGGCGCCAGCGAAGAAAAGCGACAAGCAUUGGAUGGCCAACAACGAGGAGGUCUGCGUAUUGCAGGUUCAGCAGCUGCCGCCGACGGCGACGCACGACAGCCCCUUCGGGGUGCUUGGGCAUCCUUUUGCGGAUGAAGGCAGACAGCCCUAUGGCAUGGCUCAUCCGGGACCUUUCCCGGGUGGGAUGAUCGGUCCAAUGAUGAUGCCCUUUGGGCCCGGGCUGAGGACCGAAGGAGGACCUCCCUUCAGCCCGGGAAUGCCUCCAGGCCCUCCAGGCGAUGUCUUCAAGCCGCCCACCAAGGCUGAAGUAAAGAAGGAGGUCGCAAGAGCCAAGGAGAUGAGCGAGGUCUUGCAAGGCAUGCAGGAGGCUGUGAAGGCAGCAGAUGAUAAACACGAGGGGCAGGCCGGACUCGUGGGCGAGUUGCUGAAGAAGCUUUCCGAUCUCCCAGGAACCGGCACGCUGAUGAAGGAGGAGAUCUCGCAGGUCCUCAGCAACGGCGAGCGUUGCACCACGGAGCUUGUUCGAGCAGCAAAUGGAACUGUCAUUGAGGAGACGACCUGGCUUUUGACAAACGAGGGGCGGAAGGUGAAGGAACCCUCGCCUGGAUACUGCGCCAAGAACCAAGGGCGCCGGCUGGAGGGAGGUGACGCACAGCUUCGGGGACGAAGAUUACAGAAUGGCCCAGUGAACCUCUGGGUUCUGGGCGACAUCUUCUUGCGAAGGCACGUCGUGGCCUUCGACUUCGAAAACGACCGCCUCGGCUUCGCUAUGGAGAAGGCCUCCGCAGAAGAGCUGGUAGCGCGUGAGCAGGAACUCCGAGAAGAAGCGGGGCAGCAGGGAUCCAUCCAGGCUCUCGAACAGGGCGGAGAACCCAGCCUGGAUGGCCAGUCGCUUCAACAGUUCAACCAGGAUGGUGCAGACACGACGAAUGACCGAGACUGGGCCCGUGCAGAGGCAGCCGCCAAGGCUGCCAUGGAUCAGAGGUCCGCUGCGCCCCCGAACCAGGUGAUUUAUCAUGAGGACCUCUCCGGGGGCUCCAACAACGGCAUGAAGACCGUGCUGGUAGCCACCGCGCUGGUCAUGGGUGUUGGUGCGUUCUGCGGACUCUUCUCCAGUUCACGAGGAGGCUUGCUGGAAGAGACGAGGAGCCCUGCUUUCCUCCAGCACGACCCGGCGGCAGGAGAUGUCGGCGAGCCGCGCCUUGAAGCAGCGGAAUGA